UUAAUUCAUUUCAGAAAAGCUGUCUCUGAUAUAGCCUGAGUGCGUGCAAGAGAGAAGCAAGAUGCCUCACACCAGAGACUCUUCAUCUCCAACUAACAGUGCAGGGAGCAGAGCUUCCUAUGAAACACCAGCGUUAUCAGACCUCCAGCGGCUCUUUUGGUUCAGAGGAGGGUCUGAUAAUCACGUGGACCAAGUCUGGCCAAAUAUUUACCUGGGAGAUGCGUGGGCUGCUAGGAGCAAAACUACUCUUCAAAGCCUCAACAUUACUCAUAUCCUUAAUGCAGCAGAUGGGCCAUACAGCAUCAACACAGGAGCCAAAUAUUACAAAGAUCUGCAAAUAGAGUACUACGGAAUAGAAGCAUUUGACGAUCCUUCCUUUGAUUUAAGUAUCUUCUUCUACGAUGCUGCCAAUUUCAUAGGCAAAGCCUUAAACACUUCAGGAGGUAAGGUGUUUGUUCAUUGUGCCAUGGGGGUGAGCCGCUCUGCGUCCUUAGUGCUUGCCUUUUUAAUGAUCCAUGAAAACAUGACACUUGUGGAUGCUCUGAAAACAGUGAGCGCUCACAGAGACAUCUGCCCAAAUUCAGGGUUCCUGAGCCAGCUCCGGGACUUGGACAUUCAACUAAAUGAAGAGAGGAAAGGAACCAGAGCAUAUGCUACCAAAGAGCUGUAAGAAAGUAUUGCUGAAACAGAGGGGACAAAAUUUGACUUUCCUGUAUCUCUUUUAAAUUAAUUGCGUUUGUAAACUAAGGAUGCAAGUUUAUGAUAGACCAGAAUGCACGUUAUUACUAAAAGUAGAUUUGACUUGAUCUUUCCAUUUUGCAAAGCCCUCCUAGAUUAUAGUUACGAUUGGUUGUAUAUCGUAUCCUUCACUCUCCACCUUAAAACAUUGCUCUCUG